CCCAUUGUCCUUCGCGCCGGCGUGGGGAAAGGAACUGGAAACUGGAUGGGGAGCUGGACCAGGUGAUAGGGGCAUGGCUGUGCCUCAAGCUUUUCCAGUGGGCCCCCUUCUUGACCCUGAAGGUGCCCUGAUGGAGGCCCAGCCCUGUGCUCGAAAUUUGGCUGAAGGCUUCCUGGAGGAGGAGCUUCGGCUCAAUGUGGAGCUGAGUCAACUGCAGUUUUCAGACCCUGUGGGCCUUGUCUACAAUCCUGUGGACUAUGCGUGGGAGCCACAUCGAAGCUACGUGACCCGCUACUGCCAGGGCCCUAAGGAAGUGCUUUUCCUAGGCAUGAACCCAGGACCUUUUGGCAUGGCCCAGACUGGGGUGCCCUUUGGGGAAGUGAGCGCGGUCCGAGACUGGCUGGGCAUUGGGGGGCCUGUGCUGACCCCUGCCCAAGAGCACCCUAAGCGACCGGUGCUGGGACUAGAGUGCCCGCAGUCAGAGGUGAGCGGUGCCCGAUUCUGGGGCUUUUUCCGGAACCUCUGUGGACAGCCGGAGGUCUUCUUCCAGCACUGCUUUGUCCACAAUCUUUGUCCUCUGCUCUUCCUGGCUCCCAGCGGCCGCAAUCUGACCCCUGCUGAGCUGCCUGCUAAGCAGCGAGAACAGCUUCUGGGGAUCUGCGAUGCAGCCCUCUGCCGGCAGGUGCAGCUGCUGGGGGUGCGGCUAGUGGUGGGGGUGGGGCGACUGGCGGAGAAGCGAGCGAGAAGGGCUCUGGCCGGCCUGACCCCAGAGGUCCAGGUGGAGGGGCUCUUGCAUCCCUCUCCCCGAAACCCACAGGCCAACAAGGGAUGGGAGGCGGUGGCCAAGGAAAGACUCGGUGAGUUGGGGUUGCUGCCUCUGCUGACAAAAUGAAAGGCCUGGGGUCUGGCACAGGGCUCAUUCAAGGACCCCAGGUCACCCUUGCACAAGCAAAUGACUGCACAUCUGCACUUGACCAGCAAGGUCUUCCUGGGCUCUCUGAUGCCAGCGAACACAUUCUUUUGUUUGUGUCUUCUGACCUGAUCUCCCAAGGCAGUGUCUGAUUGCCUGGGUAAAUAGUUGACACUGUUCUUGUUUGCCCUCCUGCUUCCUGCACCUUCUUUGGGCAUCGGCCCUUUUGUGUUACAGUGUCUUGACUCCACAGAGAAUCAGCACAGGUGGGCUUUCUGCAGACUGCUCUGCCUCGUUGUUUCCUUGUGAGGCUCUGUGCAGCUGAGAAUGUCCUGGACGGACACUUCUGAGGUCAUGUUUGCUGUUUCAGAGGGAAGAUUUUUUUAUCUUACAUUUUUAUUAACCUUUAUUAAGUGUACACAUGAAUGGGGUUCAGUGUGGUAUUUCCACACACACAUACAGUGUGCACUUACCAGCCUCCUUUGUUUCCACUCUCUGCCACCCUUCCCUAUUCCCAACCAGAGGAAAGAUCCCUAGGAUCUCUCCUCAGUCUUGCAGAAUAGCUUCCUUCAGCUGAUCCUUCUCCUAACAGGGACCAGGGCACAGCCUGGGAUAUAAGCUUAAUCGUGAUCUUCGUAUGGGAGGCUGAGGUUGGAUCAAAUUCAGUGUGGCAGAGUAGGAAAAAAUCAGAAGACCUGAAUUUUCAUUUUCUUCUUAGCUUGAGACUUGUGGACUUUGUUGUACAUAUCUAUCUCUCUCUCUCUCUCUCUCUAUAUAUAUA